AACCCGGCGAAAACAGAUUGGCAGAUCGUUCAGAACGAUGUGCCAUGGUUCAUUCGAAGUCACUUGACAGACACCGCGCACACAGACAUGGACGCAUUGUUUGCCCUCAUUUCUCUGCUCUCUGCUCUUUGCUCUUUGCUCAUGCAGCGGUGUUGGCGGGCGAGGUCAGCCGUGCGUAUCCAAACUGCGGCGCCUGUUGGAGUUUUGUGGCCCCUCUCUCGGCCAACGCCUCCCUGACGGCCGCCGCCGCCAUCCUCUCCUUCGACUUGAGGCCCUCCGCACCCAACUUGCGCAGAUCGACUGCACGCACGACACACACAGCCAUUUCCAACGAGACACCUUGUUCGCGUGUGUGUGUGUGUGUGUGUGGUACGGUCUUCGAGUUUCUCUGUUGCUAUGAGUUUCUGUCUUCUCGUCUGCUUGGGCUCACUGUCGUCCAACUCGCCCUUGGCCGCCGCCUUGAGGGAGACACACACACACAUACACAGAGAGACAUUGCUUCGUGAGUCUGUGUGUGUGUCUGUCUGUCUGUCUGUGUCGAUGUGCUACCUGUGCGAGUUGUGUGAUGUUGUUGCCGUCGAGUUUGAUGUUUGGUUCGCCCUCGAGGUUCUCCUCGACGUGGAUGUUGACGCCGCUUGGCUGCUCGACGCCCGUCGCCUCGGCCUCGAGGACGGGGCCCGGCUCCAGCGGCAGCGAGCCUUUCACGCCCGUCUUGAAACACAGCACCUCCUCGCUCAGCGCAUUCAUCCACACGUUGCGCGUCUGCAGCAGAGAAGACACACACAGAGAGAGAGAGGCAGGUGCGUCAUUGUGUGUGUGGCUUGUGUGUGUGCGACUCUUCGAUUUGGGGCGCAGAUGAGAUCGGCGAAGCCCUCGAACAAACGAAUGCCUGAUGAAUGGAUGGAUGGAUGGAUGGCCAACUCACACAGAUCGGCACACUUGUCGUCUCUCUCUGUGUGUGUGUGGCUGACCGAAGCACUUGUCGAGUCCGAAUGUCUCGAGCGGCAGUCUGAUGUCUUUGAUGUCGUAUUCCCUGUCCUUGACGGUGCCCGAGAAGAGGGCGAAGCUGGUCUUGCUGAGGAUGGCCGUGUGCACACUCGACUCCAUCGCCUCGACGUCAACCACAAACCGCAGCAAACCGUGCUACUCGACACACACAUCGACACACACACACACACACACAGAGAGAGAGAGAGACAGAGAGACGAAUGAGUGAGUGUCGAUGAACGGAUUGCUAACCAUGCCGUCGCCACACUUGCGCAUUGGCUGCUGAGCCUUCCCAGCAGUCGCAUUCGACGCUGACUCACACAAACAAGACACACAC